AUGAUGCACGAUCGCCGAUCGUCAGACAGUUGCAACAAAUACAAUAUUGAAAAACCCAACUUAUUAGUAGUAGACAUUAAUUUAAAUUCUUUGAGAAUUCCUAUAAGAAGAGACGAAGCUUUACAUUCAGUAGAUGUUUAUAAUGAGCAGCUUAUGUCAUUUUCUUGUCUUUAUUUGUUUCGCGAAAUGAUGAGAGCAUAUCAAUUGACUUGCAAAUUUACUGAUCUAAUGAGAAAAGUUAUGUUGAGAAGUUUUAAAUUUCUCAGUAAUGACAUCAUUCUCAACGUGAGUUUUCUUUAUCAUCGUCUCACAAUUGCAACUGAACCGAAACCAAAAUAUUAA